CCUUGUUCCUCCAGUGAGGUCAGCAAACCAGGCAGUCUGUAAUUCCUGGAAUAUAUCCACACACAUGUAAGAUUUAAAAGGAGUUAAAUUCCCAGAAAAGGAAGACAAAUCUAUGAUCAAAACAGCAGGAUGAGAAGGAUGAGUGUCUUCCCACAGCAUGGCACAGCUCUGGGAAACCUGGGACGAACUGCGAACGAAAUCCGACAGGAAGCUGAAAACAGUAAAAAUGUACUGGUUUCUGACCUGGUUAACCUGUCAGCCGGAGCCAGAUUUCAAGCCAUACGAUCAUUACCUAUGCCAUUUAAUGAGAGGAAAACAGUCAGGAACAGAGUGAACUCUGUCAAACUCUCAAAGACCAUCCUCACUGCAGACUGUCGUCAGCAGGUGUCUCGGUCUUUCCGCAGAUUUUGUGCCAGCUUGGCAUCAGCUAGGCAGCAUUUGAUUAUAUGGCAGGACACACUGAAGGAGAUUGGCAGCAGGUUUGGCACUUCUGUCCUCUCCUACUUCUUGUUCCUUAAAUGGCUGUUGCAGUUCAACCUCUUCUCCCUCAUCAUCAACUUCUGCUUCAUCACAAUCCCACAAAUUGUGCAUGCACCUAAUAUCAGCAGCACCACAGGGUUCAGAGGACUCGAGCUCCUCACUGGGGUGGGUUAUUUCAACCAGACGGUCUUGUUCUAUGGUGGCUAUAAUGGUGAAGUGAUCGUAUCCAAACCAGCUUACAACAUGCAGUUGGCCUAUUUUUUCACCAUAGCCGCAUAUCUGGUGCUGUGUUGGGUAUCUCUUAUUUACAGCAUGUCCAGAUCCUUUCAGAAGAACUUCGUGUUAGAGACAGGACCUGUCUCUGGAGGAGCAUGGCGUCUCCUGUGCAGCUGGGAUUUCAGCGUUGUCAAUGAAAAAGCCAUACAGUACAACAAGAACAAUCUCGCCAUUCAGCUGAAGGAGUCCUUAUCAGAAAGGUUACAGGAGAAAAACAAAAUGUCUCUGUCUGACAGAAUAAAGCAUCUGUCUCUCCACCUACUGGCCUGGCUGCUCUCUUUAGGACUUGCCCUAGGUUCCUGCGCAGGCAUCUACUUCCUGGGGACAGAUCCAGAUCUGGUAAGUUCAUUCACAGUGUGGUAUCAUUCACAUUUUGCAUGCAUUUCACACUCUUGUGCUUAUGUUUUGCUGCAGGCCUUCAGUUUCAAUCACAAUCCAAAUGAUUUAAGGGCCGAGGCAUCUACUCUGCUUCUGCCUGUGGUCGUGUCGCUCAUCAACCUGAUAGUGCCUCUUCUCUACUCUCUCAUCAGCAAAAUAGAGAGCUACUCCAACCCACGCGCAAAGAUCUACAUCAGCAUCAUUAGAAAUGUUGUUUUAAAGAUGUCCGUUCUUGGAAUCCUUUGCUUUUAUUGGCUGAAUUUCGUUCCUGACAAUAUCUCAUGUUGGGAGACCUUUGUGGGGCAGAGCGUGUAUCGACUGCUGAUGAUUGACUUCAUAUUCUGUCUGCUUGGCAUUUUCUUUGGGGAAUUCCUACGCAAUGUAAUCGGAACCAUGUGCAUCCAGAGUCUCGGCGUCCCAGAGUUUGACAUUGCUAGGAAUGUACUUGAUCUGAUCUAUGCUCAGACUCUGGCUUGGAUUGGAAUUUACUUCUCCCCCCUACUUCCUGUAAUGCAAGUCCUAAAAUUGUUUAUCAUCUUUUACUUGAAGAAGAUCAGUCUGAGUAUGAACUGUCAGCCUCCCAAACACACUGGCAGAGCCGCUCAGAUACAAACGGUCUUCAUCGCCCUACUCUUCUUCCCUUCGUUUGUGGGCGUGCUAUCCAUGGUAGCAUACACAGUGUGGAGUCUGAAGCCCUCAGAUCAGUGUGGGCCCUUCCAGGGUCUUGACACCCCAUUCCAAACCAUUUUCCAUUGGACUGAUUCUAUCCAGAACUUCCCUGAAAGUAACUGGGUCUGGUGGAUAUUUGAGAACAUCCUGAGAAGUGAACUCUUCUACUACCUGAUUAGUCUCAUCGUCCUAGUCAUCACUUAUUUUCUCUGGCAAAUCACUCAGGGACGGAAACAGCUCAUCAAGACUCUGAGAGAGCAGAUCGUGAAUGAAGGAAAGGACAAAGCAUUUCUCUUGAAUAAACUGCAAAAUCUACAGAAGGAGAGAAGGGAAAUAGCAUCUUACAGACCUCAGGACUUUGACCAGACACCACAUUUCAACCCAAACUGGACGAAUACACUGCCCUUGAAUAUGUGAAAUACAUUCUUCAGUUAUUUUCAAUCUGUAAAUGUCUUUUUUUUUUUUUUUUUUUAAAUAUUGCAUUAAUCUGUAACUUAUUUGUAAAAUUCCAACUAUCAUCUCUCUACUGGAUGCAAAGAGGAAUGAUUCAGAACAUCAGCAGUAAUGGCAUUUUGUGCUUGUCUAGUAAGUGACAGUGUGUUU